AUGUCGAUCCAUUUCACCUUUGAGACAUUCAUCAUAUGUCUGGAAACCCUUCUGAUUUUGACAUUCAAUGUCCUUAUGCUGUUUGUGGUUGGCUGGACGGAUGCUUUCAAGAAUAUCAACAAGUACUUCUUCACAUCUGUAGUGUUCUCGGACUUGUUGAUUGGGUUGGUGAUAACGCCAUUCGCUAUAUUCUCAUCUCUCUACGGCAAAUGGGUGUACAAGGACGAAACAUUCUGUAACACGCAGGCCUAUCUUGCGGCCAUGUGCUGGAUUGUCUCCCUUUAUUCGAUGAUGUGGAUUAAUGUAGACCAUUACUUCGCAAUUCGUAAGCCUGAACGCCACGAGACCCUGAUGUCGCCUGUGCGCAGUGCAUGCUGGGUAGCAUUAGUCUGGGUUGCGGCCCUCAGCUUCUGUGGUCCACCUCUUUUUGCUCUGAACGAACGAACAUACUUUGUGAAGGCAACGUUUCUGUGCGUGUUUGCGUCUCAGUCGAACACAGCAUACUUUGUGACGUCAGGAUUGUUGAUAACUCUUCCAGCGGUGCUCACCCUGGUCGCGACGAAUGCUUACCUCUUCACCAAGGCAUACAACAAAACCAAACUGGUUUGUGAGAAAGUGUUAGUGGACAAGGCCAUGCGGCCGCAGAAUUAUCGCGUAAACGCACUAAACUCGCUAAUCUUCGUCGUGACCUGGAUCCCAUGGUGCUCAGUUCAGAUUCAUCAGCAUGUCUUCCCUACCCCGAACCUGAGCCCUGUCAUGCAGAGGCUACAUUUCUACACCCUCUGGGUUGCUAUUGGCAACGCCUGGUACAAGUUCAUCGUUUACAUGAUAUUCUCUAGAGAAUUCAUGAUCGGUUUGCGUCGUUUUUUCUGCCAGGUUCUCUGUCGCUGUGCUUGUAAGUGCCGUUUGCCAUGUCGACAAGGCCCCCCUCCUCCCGUUCCUGUGUGAUAUCUGAUUGGUUUAUCUGUGAUAACUCUAGCCAUUGCCCAGCUUUACGGUGUACAUCUUGUUGUUGAGAAAACCUAGUUGUCUCCCCUGUCUUGGAAAUUUGGCAGGAUGUUGUGCCGUCUGCAAAACUACACUUUGGUGUAAAAAAGUUAUGUACCUGUUUUUUUGUUUUGGUUUUUUUUAGUCUUCAGGAUGCCAGCCAUUUUUACAUGAUUGUCUGGACUAUUUGUCAGAUUGACUUUUUUGUUAUUAAUUCCCAGCGAUGAACGUUUUCUUAAUACUUAAUAAAGUUUCCUUAGGAUGUGGGUAGUGCUUGAGCCCAGUGGUUUAUUGUGAUUGGCUGUUUUAACUGUUCACAAUGUCUAAUUUAUGUCGGAAGAAAGUAGCUGUCCUUGACGACAGAUGCCCUUGACCCCAUUCUUUCAAUCCCAUUAGUUUUGCUGUCAAAUUGCAUGGAAUUCUAACAUGCGAUUCAAUAAAUUGACAUUCAAUAAAUUAUGAUGAUACCAUUGUUGUCAGUCUGUGAAAUUUAUCACCAUAUUUAUAUACAGGCUUGCUGUCUGAUAUUAACUACAUUUAAUACAUGUCUGUCUGAAUAUAGACAUGUAUGUUAACAUUGUAUACAAAUAUUAUAAUACACUAUAGAUCAAUUUAUGCCUGUAUAUGUUACUACCAUAUUUCAAGGGACUGUACUAUUAGCUUACCACAGUUCUUCAACCUUUUAUAACUGCCUCAGCAACCAAUAUUUUGGAACAUUCUG